UGAUGGUUAUGAUAACCGUCUAAGACCAGGAUUGGGAGAGCGUGUAACUGAAGUGAAGACUGACGUCUUUGUUACCAGCUUUGGUCCUGUUUCAGAUCACGAUAUGGAAUAUACAAUAGAUGUAUUUUUCCGACAAAGCUGGAAAGAUGAAAGGCUGAAGUUCAAAGGACCAAUGCAAGUACUCCGACUGAAUAAUUUAAUGGCUAGCAAAAUAUGGACACCAGAUACAUUUUUCCACAAUGGAAAGAAAUCAGUCGCUCACAACAUAACUAUGCCUAACAAACUUUUGCGGAUUACAGAAGAUGGGACACUGCUUUACACAAUGAGACUUACAGUGAGAGCAGAAUGCCCAAUGCAUUUAGAAGACUUUCCCAUGGAUGCACAUGCUUGCCCAUUAAAAUUUGGAAGUUAUGCUUACACGAAAUCUGAGGUAAUAUAUGAAUGGACCCAUACCCCUGCACAUUCUGUUGUUGUUGAUAAAGGUAGCUCUCGGCUGAAUCAAUAUGAUCUCAUGGGACAAACAGUGGAUUCCGGAAUUGUGCAAUCCAGCACAGGGGAAUACGUUGUGAUGACCGUCUAUUUCCAUUUGAAGAGAAAAAUAGGAUAUUUUGUCAUUCAAACAUACCUGCCAUGCAUAAUGACAGUAAUUCUAUCCCAGGUAUCUUUCUGGCUUAACAGAGAAUCAGUUCCAGCAAGAACUGUGUUUGGUGUAACAACUGUGCUAACAAUGACCACCUUGAGUAUUAGCGCACGGAAUUCUCUUCCCAAGGUAGCUUAUGCUACUGCUAUGGAUUGGUUCAUAGCCGUGUGCUAUGCAUUUGUCUUCUCAGCUUUGAUUGAAUUUGCCACAGUGAACUACUUUACAAAGAGAGGUUAUGCAUGGGAUGGCAAGAGUGUAGUUCCUCCAAAGAAAGUGAAGGAUCCUCUCAUUAUGAAAAACAACUCGUUCACAGCACCAGCACCCACAACCAGCUGUACCCCAAAUAUUGCAAGAGACCCUGGACUAGCUACUAUUGCUAAAAGUGCAACAAUAGAGCCCAAAGAAGUGAAAGCUGAAACAAAGCCACCUGAACCCAAGAAAACUUUUAACAGCGUCAGCAAAAUUGAUCGACUAUCAAGAAUAGCAUUUCCACUGCUCUUUGGGAUUUUUAAUUUAGUGUACUGGGCUACCUACUUAAAUAGAGAGCCCCGACUUAACGACAAAAGCCCUCCACACUAG